UGACCAAACCACUCACCGCCAACUGCAGUUGAGCCACCGAUUCGGUCAUUCUGUGUGAUUUGUCGAUACCGCGUUUUCUUUUUUUUUUUUGUUGUCCUUCUUCACCUCCCUUUCUCGACUCAUCGCAAACAAGAUCCUCCCAAUGGCAAAGGGAAAGGGGAAAAAUGUUAACAGCCACUUACGUGCGAGACUAGAUUACCUGCACAAAGCCGCCGCCUAUCUUCACUCCACAACGAUAGCCUCCAAGCAGCAACAGACCCAACAGAGCAAGACCGAAAACAAUGCUAGUGAUGGGAAGUGCGAGGUCGGAGCCGGCUCAAACCGGACUGUGCCACAAAUCUUGAGUCCUGGUUCUACUGCUGUUGCUGUCGAAGAAGCAUCCGGUAGCGUCAACCAAAAACAGGAGCCGAACCUUGACCGUCUACCCAAUCUAUCUCGAGCUUAUAUUUCACAGCUCCGCGGAAUAUCAUUGAAGACACAACUUCGGCUACCCCAAGAAGUGAAGCGGUCAUUCUGCAAGCGGUGUGAUACUUUGCUUGUGCCUGGGGUCAGCUGCAUGCGGGAGAUUAGGAACACGAGUCGCGAGGGUAAGAAGCCAUGGGCUGAUGUUCGAGUCGUGCGUUGCACAACUUGUGGUACAGAGAAACAAUAUCCUCAGGCGGAAAAUCGGAGCAAGAAGCUUGCAGAACGGAAGAAAGAACAGGAACAAAGGGGAAGGCAAAUUGCAGAAACUUGAAUCUUUCACCUUUGUCUGGUUUUCUUUCAGAUUCUGGCUUACAUUUGGGGGAUCUUUGUGUGGCAUCACACAUGCUCAUAGAAGGAUCAGCUUCGGUUAUGGGCCCUAUACGCGAGUGGCGAUCUCGUCCGUGGUAUGUCUACAUGCGAGGACCCGGAUACUGCUGUCCGUGGCUAGGGGUCCUAGGAGGGAGGUAAUUCUCCGAUGGUGUCGACCUCAAACAGGCCAUCUUUAGAAGGCUUAGACGUCUGGCUCAGGAGCUUAGAAGCGGUCUAGAAGUUUCACCAGAAAGCUCGUGUCUUAAGUCACAGUCUAUUAAUGGAGUCGGGUCCUAAGGAUCAUAGAACCCCAAGAGAUUAAAAAUGAACAAAGCAUGGAAGGCAAUGGCUCCAAGCAGCUGAUCCUUCCAUAAUCAGUUUCUACUCGCGCUGCAC